UUGCUAACUUGAGGCUACAAAUUCUUUUAAACCUUAUCUCCUGUUUAGAAAUUUUCAUGUAAUCCCUUUUCGUCAAGUCAUUGUUUGAGAUAUGUGUUAACCUUUGUAUUUAUAAUUUAAUUGAUAUGUCUAGUGAAGAAAACAACAAUGAUCCAAAUUCUAUUGCUAAUAAACCACCAGUACCGCCAAGAGAUGAAUUGGUUAAAAAAGCGGCCGAUUUUUUAUCAAUGCAUAAUGUCCAGAAGAGUCCGGAAGACAUGAAAAUUGCUUUUUUGAAAAAGAAAGGUCUGUCAGAUGUAGAAAUUGACUUGGCUUUCAAGAAAUGUGAACUCAUGCUCCAAAACAAGAAUUUGGAGUAUAACAGAUCAUUUCACCCUCCAAGUACAUUGGGAUAUCCUUAUCAACAAGUUGCUCUACCACCACAUCAAAAAUGGUUAAAAUUUAGGGAUAUUGCUAAUGGAAUAGUUCUUCUAGCUGGCGUUUUAUAUGGUUUAUACUGGUUUUAUAAGAGAUUUUUAUGGAGGCAUUUAUUUGGAAAUCGAGACUGCAAAAAACCUUCAACUGAAGAACGUCUAUCAGAUAUGGAGAGCAAAUUGUCGCAGAUUUGUCAUAACUUGGAUUCUCUGAAAGACAACAUCGAAAACAAAAGUACGGUUGUUAAGGAAAUACAAGAAGUAAAGUUUGAAGUAUCUUCUUUAAAGAAGCUUCUUCUCAACCGAAAACAGUUUCCUGUAGUCGCUAAUACAAGUGCUUCACUCUCUAUACCAGCCUGGCAGAUAGCUGGCACGACUGAAGAAAAAGAUGAAGAAGGCGCUGCGACCAAUGGCAGUGAUUCAAGCUUGGAGAUGAUCAAAGAGUAAUUAAAAUUUAGGUAAAUUGGUGAAUGGUGUCAGAUAGGAAUUCGUUUAGAGCUGGCUGUGUGUUCCUUCUUUGUGAUGUGCUGUUUUGUCUAUGGUUGAUAAUGUUUUAAUAUUUGCUCUUACGUGAUAGAUAUUGGCUAGUUGGUAUGCUCUCAUGGUUUGAAAAUCAUUCAUAUAUUAAUCCCAAUAAAAAAUCUUCCCUAAGUGUAUUAGAAUAUAAACGAUGAUUCCAUCUUAUUAUUUUCAUCCUUAUUUAAAAUUAUUUCCCAAUAAUUAUCAACUAGUUAUUUUAUAACUUAGUCUGAGAUGGUUAUUUUUUAUUAAUAUUUAAUGAAUGAUUUCUGUUGUAAUGUUUUACUGUAUAAAGAUUUUUAUUUUUGUUGUG